AUGUUGGCUGGCUUCUUCCUCUGUGGCAAGGGCAAGAGCAAGGGUGGUGCGGCCAGCGGUGGUGAUGAUGGCGGCCUCAAGCCCGGCUCAGGCACGGCUGUCGAAGUGCGCCACAUUCUCUGCGAGAAGCACGGCAAGUGUAUGCAAGCGUUGGAGAAGCUUCGGGCUGCCUACAAGCCCGAGGAUGGCAAGCCUCAGUCAGGACUGGGUGUCUGGACACAGGUGGCCAUGGAGUUUAGUGAGGACAAGGCGCGCUCGGGUGGUAACUUGGGUUGGAUGACCCGUGGUGGCAUGGUGGGUCCCUUCCAAGAUACAGCCUUUUCAAUGCCGAUUACCAAGCCUUCGGGCCCCGUCAUUUUCACGGAUCCUCCGGUCAAGACCAAGUUUGGUUACCACAUCAUCAUGGUCACGGGACGCAAGUAA